CAUCAGAAGAAGAAAAACCUUUCCUCGAUCGGUGACAAUCCCUCGUUUUUGUCACCUUCUAGCAAGCUUGGGAGGAUGAAGGCAACAAAAACAAUCAAACAAAAAAAAAGUAAUAAUUAAGCAAAAAAAAAAAAAAAAAAAAAAAAAAAAAAAAAAAAAAAAAAAAAAAAAAAAAAAAAAAAAAGGAAAAAUGAACGACUUAUUCUCAAACUCGUUCAAGAAAUACAGCGACCUGAAGGAACAAGCAUACCUGGAUGACGUGGAGGCCGGGAAGGAAAGCGUGAACCUAGACAAAUUCUUCGAGGACGUCGAGGAUGUUAAGGAGGACAUGCGGAGCGUGGAGAAGCUCUACAGAAAGCUUCAAGAAGCAAACGAAGAGAGCAAGAUCGUGCACAACGCCAAAACCAUGAAGGACCUUCGAGCCAGAAUGGACAAGGACGUCGAGCAGGUUCUGAAGCGUGUCAAGCUCAUCAAAGGCAAGCUAGAGGCGCUGGAGCGGUCCAACGCGGCCAACCGGAGCCUCCCCGGUUGCGGAGCCGGUUCCUCAGCGGACCGGACGCGGACCUCGGUGGUGUCGGGGAUGGGGAAGAAGCUGAAGGACAUGAUGGACGACUUCCAGGGGCUGCGGGCGCGGAUGCAGAUGGAGUACAAGGAGACGGUGGAGCGCCGCUACUUCACCGUCACGGGGGAGAAGCCCGACGAGGACACCAUCGAGAACCUCAUUUCGAGUGGCGAGAGCGAGAGCUUCCUGCAGAGGGCGAUUCAGGAGCAGGGUCGAGGGCAGAUUAUGGACACCAUUUCGGAGAUUCAGGAGCGGCACGACGCCGUGAAGGAGAUUGAGAAGAACUUGAUUGAGCUGCACCAGGUGUUCUUGGACAUGGCGGCGCUGGUGGAGUCGCAGGGGCAGCAGUUGAACAACAUCGAGAGCCACGUGGCGCAUGCCAGCUCCUUUGUCCGACGUGGCACGGAGCAGCUCCAGGAUGCGAGGGAGUAUCAGAAGGGGUCCAGGAAGUGGACUUGCUAUGCUGUUAUUCUCGGCAUUGUGCUCCUUGUUGUGCUCUUGUUCCCUCUCUUGAGCUCGCUCUUGCCUCAUUUGUUGAUGAGGUGAAAAUGAACACCAUUGCAUGCUUAUGUUUCUGGAUUCCCAUAGAUUAGAAACACGACAACCUUAUAUAUGUAAAUAUGUAAUAAUAUAAUAUAUAAUAGCACCUUCGCGCAGUUUUGGAAUCACUCGGACUGGCCUUUCUUUUAAGAUAGGGAAAUCAAUAACUAAUUAAAAUUCAUUUUUUU